CAGUUGCCAGCACUAGCUAGCUAGGCUGUCUUGUUAGCUAUUUAACAAAAGUGUGUCGACCAAGCAGGUUUUAAAAAGUGUCUUUACAUGUGUUGGUGUAGAUCUGAGGACGUGUUUAACACAUUCACAGAAUUGUUUUGUUAUCUAAUCAAAUACAUAAGGUGAGGCUGUCAGAACAGCGCAGCUAGCCGCCGGGUUGCAGUGCAGGCUAGUGGAUGUAUUUCUGCAUUAGCCCUGGGAUAGCUCGAUAGCUAGCUGAGAAGCGGUUAACACACGGAGGAGAAAUGAACCAUAAAAGUAAGAAGAGGAUUAAAGAGGCGAAACGGAGCGCCAGACCCGAGCUGAAGGACUCGUUAGACUGGAUAAAAUACAACUAUCAUGAAACGUAUGACCUGUCACACCGCACCGUGAAGGAUAAUGUGGAGCGAGUGGACACGCUCCACCUCAGCCCAGAAGAGUUCAUCCGGCGCUUCGAGCGGCCUUACAAGCCUGUUGUCCUGCAGAGCAGCCAGGAGACCUGGCCUGCCCGGGAAAAGUGGACCCUUGAGCGCCUUAAACGCAAAUACCGCAACCAGAAAUUCAAAUGCGGGGAGGACAACGAUGGGUACUCUGUGAAGAUGAAGAUGAAGUAUUACAUGGAGUACCUGGAGACCACCAGGGACGACAGCCCGCUCUACAUCUUCGACAGCAGCUACGGUGAACACGCCAAACGCCGCAAACUGCUGGAGGACUACCAGGUGCCGCUCUUCUUCAGGGACGACCUGUUCCAGUUUGCAGGGGAGAAGCGCAGACCACCGUACAGGUGGUUUGUAAUGGGCCCCGCUCGCUCCGGCACUGGCAUCCACAUCGACCCACUGGGCACCAGCGCCUGGAACGCCCUGGUUCAGGGACACAAGAGGUGGUGUCUGUUCCCCACCAACACGCCCCGUGAGCUGAUCAAGGUGACCCGAGAGGAAGGGGGCAACCAGCAGGACGAGGCGAUCACCUGGUUCAACGUGGUGUAUCCCCGGACGCAGCAGCCCAGCUGGCCUCCAGAGUUCACACCGCUGGAGAUCCUCCAGAGACCCGGGGAGACCGUUUUUGUGCCUGGCGGGUGGUGGCACGUAGUCCUCAACAUGGACACGACCAUCGCCAUCACUCAGAACUUCGCCAGCUCGACCAACUUCCCCAUCGUGUGGCACAAAACCGUCAGAGGGCGACCCAAACUCUCUAGGAAGUGGUACCGGAUCUUGAAGCAGGAGCGCCCCGACAUGGCAGUGCUGGCGGACAAAGUGGACCUGCAGGAGUCGACCGGCAUCGCCUCAGACAGCUCCAGUGACUCGUCUUCAUCGUCCUCCUCCAGCUCCUCUGACUCCGACUCUGAUGCCGCCUCGGGCUCCGAGGGCGACCCCGUGUCCCAUCGCAAGAAGAAGAGACGCACCUGCGGCACCGUGGCCAACGGAGACACCAGCAGCAAGGACGACUGCGUCAGCAAGGAGAGGAGCUCAUCGCGGUGACCUCCGACCUCUGUCACACAUACACACACAGAAAAAGAUGCUUCCUUUGUGGUUUUAGGUCUGAAGCGAAGGAGACCUGUCACUGUGCUUUCAAUCAAUGUUUGUGUCUGUACAGAGAGAUUAUCCGCAGUAAACACUCCGGGGAAGGUUAGGAGCGUGACACAUGGUUUUAAAAGUCUCCCAGCUGCUCUCUCAUGUGAGAAAUAAAGGGACGAGAACAUUUGUGUAACUGUAAAACAUGACAUCCAUCCACCAGAGGAGAGAAAACACACUUCCUUUAAGAAAAAUAAAUAUCAACAUUUCUGAAGUGUUUGAUAAUCAAUAGUUAUGUGGAUUUGAGGGAGUGGAUAAAGGCAAAUAAUGAUUGGUAAAUUCAGAAAUGUUAAUCUAAAUAAAAUAAUUCAGCUUUACAACAAUGAAAAGACCCCACUUAUAUUACAAUAUCCAAAAUAUAAAACAAUAUCUAGUCUCAUAUCACAUUAUCGAUAUUUUGCCAAGCCCUCUUAUGGACCACCUUCACAAACAGACGCAUUUCUGUACACCAUAUUAAAGGCCAACUUUAACCUGGACUCUAUUUCCCGUGUUUAGGUGAGUUACGGGGACAGUUUUGAGUGGGAGCGCUGCAGCUGCUAAACGCGCAAACCUUUAUCAAUGAAUAUCCUCUAAAGCUGCAUUUCUCCCGCACGGUACGGCUUCACUCACAGAACUUCCUUUUCACUUGAAAAUUGUACAUCUUUAGUGAAGGCAUGUUUGCCGGCUGCAUUAAAAACAAUGACCUGUUUGUUACCUGUGAUGCUCUAACGACGGUUCUCUCAGACCAAUCAGUCGUCUGCGGAAUUUUUUACGUGACUAUUUAGAGAAAACAUACAAAUAAGUCUAGUGAGUCGUUCCAUGCAGUGGAAAUGGUUCUUUAAUGCGUUGGUUUUACCCCCCCGACACGCUCAUAUUGUUACUAUACAUGUCUAUUAUCAUUAUGAAAAGGAGCCUACUAAAAAAUGUACUUACUCGUAAAAUGACGUGAGAUUCCGAACCAGACUGUUCCUUGAGAAAUUAGGCUCCAUUUUGAAAAUCCUAGAGAAUAUUGUGAUAUGAGAAGCUGAGUUUGGCUGUUAGCCAAUCACGUUAUCACUGGGAAACUAGAGACUCGCUCAAGCAAAACAAAAAGAAAGCACUCUUCUAAAUGUUGUUUCUGCGUAUAACUGGUGGUUUUUCCUUAGAAUGGUUGGAGGUUGUGUCGCUCCUCUACCUGCCUUGGUGAUUAACCUUCACAUUGAGAAUUGAAAGUGUGAUUCAGUCAGCCAGCCUUAAAGAAAUGAAACGUUUAAAGGAAAUGUGCGCAUGUAAGAAUGGUUAAUUCUGUAUGAAAUACAGCAGAGAAACGGCUAACUGAAAACGUUUCUGCCAUUUUCAUGUUCUGCCUGCUUUGUGCCAAAAUGCUGCAGAUGGGAGAAACUGGCGCUAAAUGUUGAGGCUAAUCAUUUUUAUGCAGUCGCAAAACAAAAAUCAGCAGAGGGCACUACGUUAACCAGAAUGCACUGCUGUGUUUUGUUUUAGUUUAUCAAUCAGUUUGUGCAUCUUGUUAAGAAUAGAAGAAGAAGCUAACUAAUUGAUGAUGCAGAUUCAACACCACAUCCAAUAUCAACAAAUAAAUAAUUUGAUGUAUUGAUUAGCUGUCGAUUAGAGCUGAAACGUUAGUCAACAGACAUCAAAUUAAUUAGCAGCGAUCAAUUAAUUGCUUUGGAUUACUCGCAUCUCGGUCUGCUUCUAAAAUGGGACUAUUUAUCGAUGUCCUUCUCUUCUAUAGUGGCAAACGGAAUCUCUUAGUUGAGGACUACAAACGAGACAUUUAAGAUGUCACCUGGACCUCUUGGAACACUUUUUUUUUUGUAUAACUGCUGCCUUUCUACAGACCAGUGUAUCCCAUUAAAAUACCAGUAAUACUUUAAAUGAAACCUGCAGUAACCAAAAGAUACACAGGAUUAUUGGCUCAGAUAAUACAUAAAAAUAGCAGUAAUGAUGUGGGGAAACCUCCACAUAGCAGCAAAUAAACACAUAAACAAGAUUAUAAAUGAAACCAUCAGCUUUGAAAACAAUACCUGCUGAGAUUGAGUUCAUCAAAAGUCAUUAUUAUGUAAGAAGCAAGCAGAGAAGGUUAAAUAGUUUACUGAAAGUGUUUAUGAAUUGUUUCAACAUGCAUGUUCUGUCACCUAAACUAAAGCCACGGGGGGAAAAUAAACAGUCUAAACAUGGAGAAUUCCUGUUUUGUUUGAAAAAGUCUAUCAAAAAUACUGCAUUCAUGCCCACUUUUAUAUGAUUAAUAAUGUUAAAUAACGUGCAGUUCAAAUCCGUUUCACACAACAUGUAGGAAAGACUAAGCAAGCCACACACGACCGAGAAAAAAAGCAGUCGAUUAAUACAAAAUACUGAAAAUAGUCAGGUUGCAGAAUUAUUUAAAGAAAACAUCUUGAUUUGAUAUAUUAAACAUCAGAAAACAGUUAACGUCUUUAAAUGUCUUUUGCGCAACACCCAAACAUUCAGUUUACUGAGAUUUGAACCGUUUUUUGCUUGAAAAAUGACUUGGUUUUCUGACCAGUUUUUGAUUUAAAAAAUCUCUUGAUCCACGCCUGGCUCAAGAGACGUUUGAAGCUUUUCUACAAAUCCUUUAAAAAGAGCUGUAAAAUGUUGCUGUAGACUAAAGUGCCUCUAAAGAAAGUUUGUAAGUUUGACUGUCUGUCUGUCUGUUGGGAGGUUUCUGUUUUUUAUUUGUUUUUAAACUAAUGUGAAGGCACCGUGUUGGUCCCUGAGGUCGCUCACAUGGUGCCUUUAGGUUCUCUGAAUCCUGUCUGCAAUGUUAAUAAAGUAAAUCUGAGGAGCUCAGACAGACCUUGAGAUGAUAAAUGUAAUUUCUUUCGUCAAUAAACUAUUUUCUAUGACUCCAAA